UCGCAGGCUUCCAGCAUCGCUCAGCGGAGCGACGUCGCCCUGGGCCAGUGGAGGCUCGCGGCGGCGCCCCACCCGCCCGAGGUUGGCGCCGCAGCCAAAAAGGGGGCGCGCUUGGGCUGUGGGUGGGGCUGCGAGACUUGGUACCUCGCCAGCAGGCGGAGCGGGGAGGCGGUUUCGCUUGCGGCAAAGGGACAAGUGGUUGUGACAGCCAGGAAACCGAGAACGAUGCCAACACUACCUGGCUUAGAGCUUGAAAGGCGUCUGAUUUCACUGCCAUCUCUUUGAAAAGCAGUGCACAGUGCAACGUUCUUGGCUGAACAGAGACAUGGAUGAACCUGGAAACCAUCAUUCUCAGCAAACUGACACAAGAACAGAAAAUCAAACACCACAUGUUCUCACUCAUAGGUGGGUGUUGAACAAUGAGAACACAUGGACACAGUUUGUCUCUCUCACUCCUCCCCUUCCUUCUCUAUCCUGCUCUCUGACCCAAGAGGCUGACCUGUAUGAACCACAUCAGUGAUUGGCUGGUGGGAACCCCCGGCAAAGAGGAUGGAGUGAAGUGAGGAUAUUUACUCUAUUAGUUGCCUCCAAGCUGGAUCACUCACAGCUGGCCGUGUCCUUCCAUCAAAGAUCAGAGCUCUCCUCAAGAGUCUCACUCUGUCACCCAUGUUGGAAUGCAAUGACACCAUCUCGGAUCAAUGCAACUUCUGUCUCCCAAGUUCAAGUGAUUCUCCUGCCUCAACCUCCUGAGUAGCUGGGAUUACAGGCGUGUACCAUCGCACCCAGCAACAUGCCUAAACUUUCAUGUGGGAUCUGCCUACUCCGCUCAGAAAGUGCCUGGAUGAGAUUCCAUCCCAACAAGGUUAACUGAACACCUCAUUGGCUUCCACAGUGAUUGCCUCAGGAGUAGACAUAUGACCCAAAUCGGGCCAAAUCUCAAGACUUUUGUUUUGUGCAGAUUUUUUCUGUCCACAGGCUGUGAAGCUGAGAGCUGGAUAUAUAUAAAGUUUAGAGUUGCUGUAACCCUCUUGCCAUCUCAGAGGAGCUUCUGGAACUGCAAGAUAGACUGCAUGGAGCCUGAAGAUGAAGCCCUCAUGGCAAGAGGCAGAAUGGACAGAGAAAUUGAGUCAUUAAGGACAUUGGUUAAGUCCUUGUUUACAGCAGUGCCUGUAAUCAGCCAUCCUGGUGGACUUUUCCAGUUACUUGACUUGACUUUAAUCAUAAACAGUUAUGCUGUAAUCAUAAAUACUCCCUAAAUGCUCAUAUGCUUACAACAACAAAAAUUAUUUCUUGCUUAUGCUCCAUGGCCUACCUGCAGCUCUGCUUGAUUGUUGUUUUUAAUCUGGGAUUUGGUAAAAUAGAGCAGUCUCUCUCUAGAAAAUCACCUGUUGUAACAGAGAGAAAGGAGAGUAGGAGAAGAAGUGCUGGCUCUAAACUAUCUGCCUGAAGUUGCUUCCCACUUGCAUAUGAUUGGCCAGAACAAAUCACAUGCUCAAGAUUGAUGACACAGGGUGGACAGGGGGAACAAAGUUUUUUGAAAAAUAAUAAUAUAACCUGUAAGUAAAUUUCCCAUUUACUUAUUUAACGGGAAAUUUAAUGUGAGCUUGGGCCUUAUUUUCUGUCACCUGCAACCAAAAUAAUUUUCUUUUUUUAAGAGACAGAGUCUCACUCUGUCACCCAGGUUGGAGUGCAAUGAUGCCAUCUCAGCUAUAGGCAUGUGCCACUAUGCCCAGCUAUUUUUUUUUUUAUUUUUUGUAAAGAUGGGGUUCCACUAUGUUGCCCAGGCUGGUCUCCAGCUCCUGAGCUCAAGCAAUCCUCCCACCUCAGCCUCCUAAAGUGCUAGGAUUACAGGUAUUAGCCACUGUGGCUGACUCAAGAUAAAUUACUUAGGGUGACAGAUACCCCAAUUUGAUAAUGUGUCAGAUUAUCACAGGUACCCCCAAGACAUGUACAUCUAUUAUGUAUCAAUAAAAAAAAUUUUUUUUUUGCCAGGCGUGGUGGCUCACACCUGUAAUCCCAGCACUUUGGGAAGCUGAAGUGGGUGGAUUACUUGAGGUCAGGAGUUUGAGACCAGUCUGGCCAACAUGGUGAAACCCCAUCUACCAAAAAUACAAAAAUUAGCUGGGUGUGGUGGUGCAUACCUGUAAUCUCAGCUAAUCGGGAGGCUGAGGCAGGAGAAGCUCGUGAACUUGGGAGGUAGAGGCUGCAGUGAGAUUGUGCCACUGCAUUCCAGCCUGGGUGGCAAAGCAAGACUCUGUCUUGGAAAAAAAAAUUUUUUUUAAGAAAUAAUGUAGGCGGGGCGCGGUGGCUCACGCCUGUAAUCCCAGCACUUUGGGAGGCCGAGGCAGGUGGAUCACGAGGUCAAGAGAUCGAGACCAUCCUGGUCAAAAUGGUGAAACCCCGUCUCUACUAAAGAUACAAAAAAUUAGCUGGGCAUGGUGGCGCGUGCCUGUAAUCCCAGCUACUCAGGAGGCUGAGGCAGGAGAAUUGCCUGAACCCAGGAGGCGGAGGUUGUGGUGAGCCGGGAUUGCGCCAUUGCACUCCAGCCUGGGUAACAAGAGCGAAACUCCGUCUCAAAAAAAAAAAAGAAAGAAAAGAAAAGAAAUAACAUAAUAUGAGGGUUCAGUGUCUUAUGGUGAUAAUGCCAAACUCUUACAGUUUGUGCUUGAGAAAAUAAACAUUAAAGAAAUUACUAUUCAGAAAAAGGUUAUAUUUGGUAUAGUAAAACAGAACCAGAAAUAUGAAUACUAUUCACUGACUCACUACUCAUCAAUCCAUUUGUCCAAUAUACUCUUAUUAGCAUCUACCAAGUUCCAGGUACUCCUGGAGUAGAAAAAUAAAUAACAUUUGUUCUUCUCUUUAAAGAACUUGAAAUAUGGUCAUAAAGAGUGGUGAACUGAAAUUAUAUAAAUAGGUUCUAUAAUAGUUUUUUUUUUUUAAUCAAUAAUGCUGAUGAUUGUGGGGGAUAGGUAAGAGUGGCAGGAAAAACUAUAGGGAAAAGACAAACCUUCUGAAAGGUCGGCUUCUGAAGGCAGCUGUUCUAUAAUUCUGGGGCAGAGGGCAAGGUACAAGGUUCAAGAGAGUGUAGGGGAAUUUAUCUUAAAUAGGUUUGUUUACUUGUUUACAGGAACUGACCUUUGAGCUCCAGCAUGACGUUCCUGAAAGGGGAACAAUAAAUUUUAAUUACCUACAGGUCGUGUUUACUCCAGGUUUUGGCAUUGUUCCUGCACUGAAUGAAAGCAAGCAGCUCCAUGUUCUCAGGGCUGCGCUCUGGUCAUUAGAGCCAGGAAAUCACCUAGCCACUCUUACACUGCAUACUUGUGUCUGAAUACUUAUUUCAUCUGUCUGCCCGGGUCUGCAGGACAGACCCAACAGAUGAUGGCUAACGUUGUCAAAAUUUCCAAAUCUAAAAACCAGUGCUCAGCUGGGCAUGGUGGCUCAUGCCUGUAAUCCCAGCACUUUGGGAGGCUGAGGUAGUCAGAUCACCUGAGGUCAGGAGUUCGAGACCAGCUGGGCAACAUGGUGAAACCCCGUCUCUUCAAAAAAUACAGAAGUUAGGUGUGCGUGGUGGCGCAUGCCUGUAGUCCCAGCUACUCGGGAGGUUGAGGCAGGAGAAUCGCUUAAACUUGGGAAGUGGAGGUUGCAGUGAGUUGAGAUCACCUCACUGCACUCCAACCUGGGCAACAAGAGUGGAACCCCCAUCUAAAAAUAAAUAAAUAAAUAAGUAUCAGUGCUCAACCCUCAACUUGCUCCGCAAGCAAUUGACAGAGUUUAUCCUGUCUUAUUCUUUUUUUUGAGACGGAGUUUCGCUCUUGUUACCCAGGCUGGAGUGCAAUGGCGCAAUCUCGGCUCACCGCAACCUCCGCCUCCUGGGUUCAGGCAAUUCUCCUGCCUCAGCCUCCUGAGUAGCUGGGAUUACAGGCAGGCGCCACCAUGCCCAGCUAAUUUUUGUAUUUUUAGUAGAGACGGGGUUUCACCUUGUUGACCAGGGAUCCUGUCUUACUCUUUAUUGCUCUGUCUGUAACUCCUGCUCCUGGUUUUCCUCCUAUGAUCAGUCAUCUAGCCUCUGCUACACUGUUGCCAUAUUCACCCCCUGGAUGUUCUCAUUCAGCCAUUUGGCUUUGAGCAUCAUCUCCUGAUGGCUCCCAAUUUUCUGACUCCACCCCAGCUUCUCUCUACAACUCCAAAACAGUUUAUCCUAUUGCCUUCUUGAUUAACAAGCAUCUCACAGUUAUCAUUACCAGUCUGUACUCCAGACCCACACAGCUCUAAAUCUGCACCUCCUCCGGGGUUCCCACCCCAGUAGAGUUUAUCCUGGAGUAACCCCUAAGGCCAACUGGAGUUAUUCCUAAUCUCUCUUCUUCUUUCCCCCCAAUUUCUAAUCCAUCGUCAAAUCUGUGAAUUCUUACUUUCAAAACACAUCUUGAAUCUAAUAACUUCUCCUCUCUUUUCCUCCAGGAUGUCACUGGGCAACAAGAGUGGAACCCCCAUCUAAAAAUAAAUAAAUAAAUAAGUAUCAGUGCUCAACCCUCAACUUGCUCCGCAAGCAAUUGACAGAGUUUAUCCUUAUUCUUUUUUUUGAGACGGAGUUUCGCUCUUGUUACGCAGGCUGGAGUGCAAUGGCGCAAUCUCGGCUCACCGCAACCUCGGCCUCCUGGGUUCAGGCAAUUCUCCUGCCUCAGCCUCCUGAGUAGCUGGGAUUACAGGCAAGCGCCACCAUGCCCAGCUAAUUUUUGUAUUUAAAAUUACAAAUUAAGUCCAAAAAUUGGACUCUUAAGUAGUCUCUGCUAACUGGCUUUCUGCUUCCGUUUUUGUUUUAUUAUUUUUUACACAGCGGCCAGAUAAAUCUUUAAAAACGAAAGUCACACCAUGGCUCUUCUCUAUUCAAAACCUUCCAACGGCUUCUUUUUAUCCUCUGCCCUUACUUAUGAUCACGACUCAUUCCCUCAUUUCCCAUUUCCUCUCAUCUCUCUGCAUAAAUAUCAUUUUAUCAGGAAACUCUUCCCUAAUAUCAUCUGAAAUACCAGUGCCUUCUGCCUCUACCUUCUAGUUCCUAUUGUAUUUUUCAUUGUCCCUGGAUAUUACACUAUGUGUUAAUCUGUUUAUGUUCUCUUUCCCGUAAGAGAACGAACACGCACCACCAAGAUCUUGUCUUUCACUAAUUGUAUUUUCGGGCCGGGCGCGGAGGCUCAUGCCUGUAAUCCCUGCACUUUGGGAAGCUGAGGGGGUGGAAUUUGAGACCAGCCUCGCAAGAUGGUGAAACCCCGUCUCUACUAAAAAUACAAAAAUUAGCCGGGCGUCGUGGCUCACGCCUAUAAUCUCACCUACUUGGGAGGCUGAAGCAGAAGAAUUGCUUGAACCCGGAAGGCGGAGGUUGCAGUGAGCUAAGAUCGCGCCACUGCACUCCAGCCUGGGCGACAGAGCGAGAAUCCGUCUCAAACCAACCAACAAAAAAAAACUUUUAUUUUCAGUGCCAAAAAAGAUCUGGAAGGAGGUGGGCACUCAGAUGCUUUAUUCACCGUGCUAUGUAUUAUUCUAACACUUUAUGUAUCUGUUAAAUUAUCCCAACAUAUUAGAUUUGCUGAAUUGCUAUCCAUAUUUCGUAGAUGUGAUAGCUGAAGCACAGAAUCAUUAGGUAACUUGCCCAAAGUGGCAUUCAUGACUCAUGAUUGGCUUAGGAUGUAAAGUAAACCCAGAUGCAUUCCCUCUCUGCUCUUCAAAACUGGAAGCUUAGGCGGCGAGAGUUGACGUGGGGUUAGGGCUGCCCUCCUGGGGCGGGUUGAAGGCAGGGUGAGCCUCCCGAAGUCCAGGAAAUCGUUGCCUACCCAGUCACCAGCGUUCGAGAGCCUGUCGCAGAGAGAAGGACGGGAAUCCGAAGCAGGCGACAGGGCGCGGAAGCGGGAUGUACUUCUCUUGGGGCGCCGGCUCCAGGGGGCUGCAGCGCCGGAGGACGGAGGGCAGCCCCGGAGCUGAGCUACUGCAAGCGGCCAGCGGGGAGCGCCACGCUCUGCUGCUGCUGACCAACUCCUCGGUCCACUCGUGCGGAGAGAACAGCCGGGGCCAGCUGGGCCGCAGGGGCGCGCCGCGCGGGGACCUGCCAGAACCAGUUCAGGCACUGAAAACCCUAAAGUUUAAUCUUGUAAGCUGCGGGAAGGAGCACUCCCUGGCUGUGUGCCACAAAGGAAGGGUCUUCGCAUGGGGAGCUGGUUCUGAAGGGCAGCUGGGGAUUGGAGAAUUCAAGGAAAUAAAUUUCACACCUAAGAAAAUAACGACUCUGACUGGUAUAAAAAUAAUACAAGUUUCCUGUGGACAUUACCACUCCCUGGCAUUAUCAAAAGAUAGCCAAGUGUUUUCAUGGGGAAAGAACAGCCAUGGGCAGCUGGGCCUGGGGAAGGAGUUGUCCUCCCAAGCCAGCCCUCAGAGGGUGAGGUCCCUGGAGGGGAUCCCAGUGGCUCAGGUGGCUGCUGGAGGGGCUCACAGCUUUGCCCUGUCUCUCUGUGGGACUUCGUUUGGCUGGGGAAGUAACAGUGCAGGGCAGCUGGCCCUCAGUGGGCGUAACGUCCAAGUGCAAAGCAACAAACCUCUCUCAAUUGGUGCACUGAAGAAUCUAGGUGUGAUUUAUAUCAGCUGUGGUGAUGAGCACACUGCCGUGCUUAGUCAGGAUGGGAAAGUGUUCACAUUUGGAGACAAUAGCUCUGGGCAGCUGGGAUACAACCCCACUCCUAAGAAGAGAGGUCCACAAAUUGUGGAAAGAAUUGAUGGCCUAGUUUCACAGAUAGAUUGUGGAGGUGAUCACACCAUUGCAUAUGUGCACACCACUGGUCAGGUGGUAUCUUUUGGUCAUGGACCAAGUGACACAAGCAAGCCAACUCAUCCAGAGGCCCUGAAAGAGAACUUUGACAUUAGAUGCUUGAUUUCUGCUGAUGACCUCGUGGAUGUUCAAGUCAAACACAUUUUUGCUGGAAAAUAUGCCAACUUUGUGACAACUCAUCAGGAUACUAGUUCCACAAGUGCUCCCAGGAAAACCCUGCCAGAAAUAAGCCGAAUUACCCAGUCCGUGGCAGAAAAAUGGAUAGCAGUGAAAACAAGAAGUACUGAACAUGAAGUGGCUAAAAGUGAAGUUAGAAUGAUAUUUUCAUCUCCUGCUUGUCUGACUGCGAGUUUUUUAAAGAAAAGAGGAACUGGAGAAACGACUUCCAUUGAUGUGGACUUAGAAAUGGCAAGAGAUACCUUCAAGAAGUUAACAAAAAAGGAAUGGAUUUCUUCCAUGAUAACUACGUGUCUCGAGGACAAUCUGCUCAGAGCUCUUCCGUGCCGUUCUCCACACCAAGAAGCUUUAUCGGUUUUCCUCCUGCUCCCAGAAUGUCCUGUGAUGCAUGACGCUAAGAACUGGAAGAACCUGGUGGUUCCAUUUGCAAAGUCUGUGUGUGAAAUGAGUAACCAAUCUUUGCAAGUCCUAAGGAAGUGUUGGGCAUUUUUGCAAGAAUCUUCUCUGAGACCGCUGGUCCAGAUGCUUAAAGCAGCCAUUAUCUCUCAGCUGCUUAAUUGGACUGAAACCGAACAAGAUCACUGUAAUAUUAAAGCUCUUUUAGGAAUGAUGAAAGAACUGCAUAAGGUAAACAAAACUAACUGUCGACUACCAGAAAAUACUUUCAACAUAAAUGAACUCUCCAACUUAUUAAACUUUUACGCAGAGAGAAGAAGACAGCUCUUUCGGGAUAACCACCUGAUACCUGCAGAAGCCCCCAGUCCUGUUGUUUUCAGUGAUUUUCCAUUUAUCUUUAAUUUGCUAUCCAAAAUUAAAUUACUGCAAGCCGAUUCACAUCUAAAGAUGUGGAUGUCAGAAGGGAAAGCAUUCAUGCAUAUGCAUGAAACAAUUCUGAAAAAAAAGGAAGAAUUUCCUCCAUCACCUACAUUUAUACUUAGAGUCAGACGAAGUCACCUAGUUGAAGAUGCUCUGCGUCAAUUAAGUCAAGCUGAAGCCACUGACUUCUGCAAAGUAUUAGUGGUUGAAUUUAUUAAAGAAAUUCGACCUGAGGCUGGAGGGGUCAGUUCAGAGUUCUUCUACUGUAUAUUUGAAGAGAUGACCAAGCCAAAAUACAGAAUGUUCAUGUAUCCUGAAAAGGGUUCCUGCAUGUGGUUUCCUGCCAAGCCUAAACUUGAGAAGAAAAGAUAUUUCCUCUUUGGGAUGCUGUGUGGACUCUCCUUAUUCAAUUUAAAUUUGGCUAACCUUCCUUUCCCACUGGCUCUGUAUAAAAAACUUCUGAACCAAAAGCCAUCACUGGAAGAUUUAAAAGAACUCAGUCCUCAAUUGGGGAAGAGUUUGCAAGAAGUUCUAAAUGAUGAUGCUGAUGACAUUGGAGACGCGCUUUGCCUACACUUUUCUAUACAUUGGGACCAAAAUGAUGUUGACUUAAUUCCAAAUGGGAUCUCUAUACCUGUGGACCAAACCAACAAGAAAGACUACGUUUCUAAGUAUAUUGAUUACAUUUUCAAUGUCUCUGUAAAGGCAGUUUAUGAGGAAUUUCAGAGAGGAUUUUAUAGAGUCUGUGAGAAGGAGAUACUUAGACAUUUCUACCCUAAAGAACUAAUGACAGCAAUCAUUGGAAAUACUGAUUAUGACUGGAAACAAUUUGAAAAGAAUUCAAAGUAUGAGCAUGGAUACCAAAAAUCACAUCCUACUAUACGGUUGUUUUGGAAGGCUUUUCACAAACUAACCUUGGAUGAAAAGAAAAAAUUCCUCUUUUUUCUUACAGGACGUGAUAGGCUGCAUGUAAGAGGCAUACAGGAAAUAGAAAUAGUAUUUCGCUGUCCUGAAACUUUCAGUGAAAGAGAUCACCCAAGAUCAAUAACUUGUCAUAAUAUUCUGGACCUCCCUAAGUAUUCUACAAUGGAAAGAAUGGAGGAAGCACUUCAAGUAGCCAUCAACAACAACAGAGGAUUUGUUUCACCCAUGCUCAUGCUCACACAGUCAUAAUCACCUUCAAGAGUCUCACAGUUGACUUUUUCAUACUUGGAUCCUUCUGUUCUUCCUUACACCUAAAUAAUACAAGAGGUUAAUGAAUAGUGGUUAAAAGUAGUUGAGUGAGAGGUUAGGGGAAUGGGGAGAUGAUGAUGGUCAAAGGGGACAAAAUCUCACACAAGACUGAGGCAGGACAAUAGGACCCAGAGAUAGGGAUCUAAGGAUGACUUGGACAGAUUUCCUGACGCUGAAGAGUCUGAAUGCUGCCCUGUGAUUGGUUCAUUCCAGGACCUUCAUUUGCAUAAGGCAUCAAACCACAUCAGUCUCUGACUGUCCCUGGGCCAAACCUGCACUCUGGCCAAUGACUGGUUCAUUCCAGGACCUUCAUUUGCAUAAGGAGCCAAACCACACCACUCUUGGGUUGGCCAUGGGCCAUUUCACCUCAGCCUCUAAUUGGCUAUGAGCCAGUCUUUCAUUUACGUAGGGUGUAAUCAUCAAGAAACCUCAAAAGGGUACUUAAUCCCCAGAGGAUUUUGCUACAAGGGCUCUUGAGCCACUUUCUGGAGCCCACUCCUACCCUGUGGCAUGUACUUUCACUUUUGCUUCUUCACUGCCUUGUGCUCCAGUAAAUCCAGUCCUUCACCAC